AUGGCAAGCAGAAGAAAAGGAAAAGGGAUAAUGGUUCCAGAUGCGGCACCCUCAGAACUUCCCGAGGAUAUUCCUAGCGGUUGCAAGUAUAAAUUGAGCUGGAGAGAAUCCAAAGACAAGAAAUGUGUUUUGCUGGAGAUUUUCUUUCAAGGACGUAAUGGUUACUGCUGGACAGUAGUACUCAAUAGGAUGAUAUCUGCUCACCUCUACAUCCACCAAAAAGUCAGAAAGCUCUUGCGACUUUCUUGCAAACACCUCUUCGCCAGUAUUGAAGAAAAAUUUGAUGAUGGGUUUUUAAAAAAUUACAAAGGUGUCAAGGUUUUCCUAAAAGAAAAUGGCCUGGUGUUAGAAGAAGAAUGCAAAUGCGUUCUGGGGAAGAAGGAGAUCAACACUGUUGCAUGUGAUAAAGUCAAGGAUAAAACUACUUUUAAGAUUCGUGAAUUGAUAAUCGUGGAGGGAAAUGAAGUUGAUGAGAAACAAAUAAUAAAGUUGCUGAAUACCCACGGUGUCAUUGCAGUCCAUAUAACGGUAGAUGAGAAAUACAAGACAAGCAAAAAGGAUGAAAUUUUCUAUGGAACCACGAGUGGCAAGGGAAACGAAAAUCAUAUGGUUUUGCUUACUGGGUACGACACCACCAAAGAUGGAGUUCACUUUUUUGAGUAUCAGAAUACAUGGGGAGAGAAAUGGGGAGGUGAUGGUGGUUAUGGGAAAUUUGCUAGAAAAAUUAGUCUCCCCAAAGGACGUCAAUCUUUGAUAAAGGCUUAUAUGUACCCAGAGCUUCUGGACGAAGUCUUUGAUGUGCGAGGAUGA